AUGGGGCCAAAUCAGAAGAUAAAGGUUUACAGAACAUUGCUCCUGACAUUGCUCGUCCUUGCGCCAGCAUUGCUUGUCGCAGGGGCUAGCACCGACAAGCUGGAAAAGCUGGCAAUGUACGAAGCGAAAGAACAUGUGCUGAUGAACAACAUGAUUCCGGAGCAGGAGUCGGCCGUUACGAUGGAAGGCAAAAAUCUGUCGAGGAUAGUACCGAGCAAGGCGAAACCAACGGAAUCCCACGCUACCGAUGUAUCUAUCAACAAUGGUACCGUGGCACGCACGGGGAAAACUACCACUGGAUUACCCAGCGAAUUUAAUAUGACACUUCAGUGCGCUGAACGUCAAUUUCGCUGCGACAACGGACAAUGCAUUCACAUAAGCUUCGUGUGCGAUGGAGAAGACGAUUGUAACGAUGGCAGCGAUGAGGAUUUAAUUGUAUGUAAAGUAACAGAGACCGCUUGUCCCGGUGACAAAUUCCGCUGCAAGAAUGGUAGGUGUAUCCUGAAGCGCUGGCAGUGCGAUGGUGAGCGUGACUGUGCGGACGGUUCGGAUGAAGACGCCGAAAAAUGCCAGGUCAAAACCUGCCCUACAAACGAGGUGCUUUGUAAGAGCGCCGAUCGCUGCAUUCCUAAAACGUGGCUUUGCGAUCGAGAACCGGACUGUCCCGACGGCUCUGACGAGCAAAAUUGUGAGAGCAAAGUGUGCUCAUCAGAGGAAUUUACAUGUCGCAGUGGAACCGGCAACUGCAUCCCGCUGGGUUGGAUGUGCGACCAGAACCGCGACUGUGCCGACGGAUCGGAUGAGAUGUCCUGCAAUGAAACAUGCCGUUCGGAUGAAUUCACCUGCGCAAAUGGGCGCUGCAUACAGAAACGUUGGGUUUGCGAUCUCGAUGAUGAUUGUGGCGAUAGAUCGGACGAAAAAAAUUGUCAACCUAGCACGUGCGAUCCACUGAAGCAGUUUGCCUGUGCAGAAAACUACUGCAUCACUAGCAAAUGGCGCUGCGACGGAGAGCCCGACUGUCCGGACGGGUCCGAUGAAAGGGGAUGUGCCAAUCCACCGCCACCGACAUUCUCCACCUGCCUGCCGCUGGAAUAUCAGUGCAAUGAUCGUAUCACCUGCAUCCACCGGAGCUGGAUCUGCGACGGUGAGAAGGACUGCCCGAAGGGUGACGAUGAAAUGCCACCGAUAUGUCAGAAUGUAACCUGCCGGUCAGAUCAAUUCCAGUGCAAGAAGGAUAAAACCUGCAUCAAUGGGCACUUUUACUGCAACGGCAAAAACGAUUGUUCGGACGGUAGUGACGAACAGAACUGUGGAAUUAAAAGUCCUAGUGAGAAAUGCAAUCCCAAGACAGAGUUUGAUUGUGGCGGAGGAAUGUGUAUACCGUUGUCGAAGGUUUGCGACAAGAAGCCCGAUUGUCCCGAGUUUCAGGAUGAACCGGCGGACCGGUGUGGUAAGAACGAGUGUCUCCAGGGUAAUGGUGGAUGCUCGCAGCUGUGUGUGGAUACUCCUGCUGGGUUUUAUUGUGAUUGUAAACCGGGCUUCAAAUUAGCCGACAAUCGGACCUGCAUUGAUAUUGACGAAUGUGAGGAGCCUGGAUCAUGUUCGCAGAGCUGCAUCAACGAAAUUGGAACCUUCAAGUGCGAAUGUAUGGAUAACUACCUGCGUGAUCCACGGGAUCACACACGGUGUAAGGCAACGGAAGGGCACGCCUCGCUACUCUUUGCCCGACGACACGAUAUUCGAAAGAUUUCGCUUGAUCACCGCGAGAUGACGUCGAUUGUGAACGAUACCAAAUCGGCCACCGCACUUGAUUUCGUAUUUCGCACCGGCAUGAUCUACUGGAGCGAUGUGUCUGAGAAGCGAAUCUAUAAGGCUCCAAUUGACGAAGGCUCCGACAAAACGGUCGUUGUUAAAGAUCAACUCGUCACAUCGGAUGGAUUGGCGGUGGACUGGAUCUACAAUCACAUCUACUUCACGGACAUAAAGAAAUCAUCCAUCGAGCUUGCCAACUUUGAUGGUAACAUGGGCAAGGUUUUAAUACAGGAUGAUUUGGAAAUUCCGCGUGCCAUCGCACUGGAUCCAAUUGAAGGAUGGAUGUACUGGACGGAUUGGGGUACCAACCCGAGAAUUGAACGUGCCGGUAUGGACGGUACACACCGACAAGUGAUUGUAAGCUACGAAGUAAAGUGGCCCAACGGCAUCACGUUGGAUUUGGUGCGAAAGCGUGUGUACUGGGUCGAUGCGAAGCUGAACGUUAUAUCGUCCUGUAACUAUGACGGUUCCAAACGCUCGGUAAUACUUUACUCAGCAGACUACUUGCGACAUCCGUUUUCGAUUACCACGUUCGAGGAUUGGGUGUACUGGACCGAUUGGGACAAGGAAGCCGUAUUCAAGGCGAACAAAUUUACCGGCAAAGACAUCGAACCGGUGACAGCAAUGCACAUGUUACAACACCCAAUGACGAUCCACGUGUACCAUCCGUACCGACAGCCGGACGGUGUAAACCACUGUCAGGCGGUGAACGGUCACUGUUCGCACCUGUGCCUGCCGGCUCCCCAAAUUAACUCGGACAGUCCGAAGAUUUCCUGCGCGUGCCCAACCGGGCUGAAGCUCAUGAGCGACAGCUUAAUGUGUGUAGAAGACGAAAAAAGUCCAGCAGAAUCGGCGGGCACUAUCGAGGGCACUGAAGGAAGUGACGGCGUUGACAACAUCGAUAAUAACAAUGGGCAAUCGACUAUUGCCCAGCAGCCCGGGCUUACCUCAGCACCAACCAACCCAACCUCCAGCAUCGCAAACAGCUUACACCUUGCCGUCAUCUGUACCAACCUUACGCGGUCGGUGGCAAUUAUGGAAAGUUUGAAAUCGUACACCGGUACGGUGCGGGAUCGGGCCGCCCUGCACCAUUCCUACAUGAACCGGGUCGUACAGAAUCAAACGGAAGUGCGCCCGGUACGGUACUCGUACUGGGAGCAGCGCAAGCGAUUCAAUCUGCUCGAGAAUCUUUUCCCGAGGGCCCCGGCCGAUGCGAUCGAGCGGACGAACGAGGCGGCCGCGGCCCAACAUCGGGGACUCUACGAUAACGAGCUGUACGCCUCCAUUGAGUAUGUGAGGUGGAUUUGUGAAAAGUAUCGAGCGACGAUGCGAAAUGGCACCGACGGAACGCUCAUCCAUCCGGGCGUGGUCGAGGACGACUCCGGUAAGGUUGGCGUAAUCGCUAUAUGCAUCCUGUUAGUGUUCGCUUUCAUCGCCGGAUUGGUUGCGCUCGGUUUGUAUCGCUACUACAAUCACGCCCGCUCGACAACGAUGAACUUCGACAAUCCCGUGUACCGAAAAACUACCGAGGACCAGUUCAGUCUGGAGAAGAACAUGCAGAGCCGCAUGUAUCCGAGCACCGUUGGCGAAGAGGCACAGGAACCGCUAACCCGACCGGCUACCAACGAUUUUGUCUAAAUGAUACCAAAAGAA